GAUAGAGCCAGUGACCAGCUGGCAGGAUGGGGACUGCGGCAAGGUCUCCUGCACCCAGAGUGUCUUGCUGUGUUUCAGGGCUCACCGCUGCAGGCUGAGGUCAUCAAAAAGAGACUGAAAGCAGAGAGGGGUAACUGGCAAAAGGCAGAGCUCUUCCCUACUGUAGAUGGGGCGCUGGAUAUGUUGCCUUUGCUCCAGAGUUGCAGAUUCUUUGAUGCUGCUCCUGGUUUUGGCUCUGAGCUGUAACCCUUCCACAGCAGCAGGAGCUUCUCCGACUGCGCCCCACGUCAAACCCAGCUACAGUUUUGGCCGGACUUUCCUGGGACUUGAUAAAUGCAACGCCUGCAUUGGGACAUCCAUUUGCAAGAAAUUCUUUAAAGAAGAAAUAAGGUUUGACACCUGGCUUUCUUCUCAUUUAAAGCUGCCCCCCAGCUACCUGCUCAGCUACUCGGGCAACUACACCGACGAUGCCAAGAGCUGGCGGCUGGUUGACAUCACCCGGCUGACCACCAAGUACCAGCACGACCGGGCCGACAAGCGCAUCUGCACCUCCCUGCUGAAGACGAAGACCUGCAGCCUGGAGCACGCCCUGCGCCGCACGCACCGCUUCCAGAAGUGGCUGCGGGCCAAGCGCCUCACCCCCGACCUCGUCCAGGGCCUAUCUAGCCCAAUGCUGCGCUGCCCAUCCCAGCGUCUCCUGGACAGGAUAGUGCGGCGCUACGCUGAGGUGCCAGACGCUGGCAGCAUCUACAUGGACCACCUCACCGACCGGGACAAACUGCGCCUCCUGUACACGCUGUCAGUGAAUUCACACCCCAUCUUGUUACAGAUCUUCCCCGAUGUGGAGGGAUGGCCCUUCCCGCGGUACCUGGGCUCCUGCGGGCGGCUGGUGGUCAGUGCCAGCACCCGGCCCCUGCGUGACUUCUACGGCGCAGCCCCCGAGGUGGCCGCCGACCUGGCCCUCCAGCUCCUCGCCGUCCUCCGCUCCAUGGGCACCAACGACCUCAACUAUUUCUUCUACUUCACCCACGUGGACGCUGGCACCUUUGGCGUGUUUAGCAAUGGGCAUCUGUUCAUCCGGGAUGCCAGCAUGCUGGGGAUCAUCGACAAGGAGGAAGGGAGCCAGCUGAUUGACGGCCAGCAGGAGUAUAAAGAUAUAUUUAGCUGUUUGACUGUGGACUGCCAGUCUGCAUUCGUGUCCUGUAACUCCAUCAGAGAGAAGCACAGCCUCGUCAUGGUGUGUCAAGAGCUUUUGCCUAAGCUCCUGAAGGGGAAAUUCCUGCAACCCGUGCAGGAGAAAAUAGACAGCUUCCUGCAGCACUGCGCCAAUGGCCUUGCCGAUGACCAGGGCGUCAAUGAGGCGGUUGCAACGCUGGCAGAGCUCCUGAAACCUCUGCGGUCUUGCGAUUCUCGUUUUGCCUACCGCUACCCUGACUGCAAAUACAGUGACAAAUACUGAUGGCUUCGGAGAAGGGGUAGCCCGGGAAGGACUGGGGCAGUGUCAGCCCCCCGCCAGCGCGGGAAGCAAGAAAGAACCAGGGUAGCUGGAAAGAGCUGUGCCAAAUCUGGGGCUUCCUCAUCAAGGUGGAGAAGCAGGGAGCAGAGUGCACAUGGGAUUUAUUGUUUGUCUCCCAGAGAUGCAUUUGUUACAUGGGAUGUUAGACAUGAUGUAAGACUUAUGGAUUAUUAGCAUUAUCAUGAGUGACAGGGGCUACAGGGAUUAAUAAAUCUUAUUCAUGUA